UUUUUGGUUAUUUCCUGUUUUUAUCAGAAUCAUUAAACAACAUUCAAGCUCCAGUGAACUACACUACCAAACCCUUCAGGCAUUAAAAGACAAGGAAGAAGAAACUGAACUCACCUUAAAACAGGAACAAGAAGCUAACAUAAUUGCCAAGACAGAAACAAUGGAAAGAUUGAGAAAGUUAGAAGAACAACAAUUCCAAAUUUCAGAAAACUUGACCAUCACUCAAAAAAAACUAGCUGAUGAGAAAACUCAGAAGAAAGAACUUACCUUGCAAGUGAGAACUCUCAAAACCACGUUAGAAAACACACGUCAAGAACUGUCGGACUACAAGCAAAAAGCUCAGCGUAUUCUUCAGUCUAAAGAUCGACUGAUAGCAAGUCUGAAAGAGACAAGGGGCAUCAAUAAUGAAAAUUUAGAGAAAACAUCAAACCCAACAGCAGCAGCUUACAAAGCAGAUCUUGAAGAACUACAUCAAGAUCGAGAUCAGUUAAAAGAAGAAUUGGAAAAUUCCAAAAUAAACAUAGAAGCUUUGAAAGCAGAGCUACAAGAAAUGGCAGAAAAUUACCAAAAUGAAGUUGAAUCUAACCAAGAGCAGUUAAGGUCAUUAAAAGAACAGCUUCAGGAAGAACAUCAGUGUAGAGAGGAUUUGGAACAAGAAAAUCUUCAAAACAUUGAGGAAUUAAAGUACCUCAGAGAAGAUCUAACCCACACCAAGACCACCUUACAAGGCAGAAUUCAUGACAGGGAGUUAGAAAUUGAUAAACUAAGGAAGCAGCUUACGGCCAAGGCUCUCAACACAAACAGUCAGGCAGAACUGGAGUCACGUCUACAUGCAUUGACUGAGAACUUAAUCCAAAAACAAACAUUAGUAGAAGCUUUGAGCACUGAAAAGAACUCUCUUUUUCUACAAUUGGAACGCCUGGAGCAACAGAUGAAAGAUUCCCAGUUCCACACACCACGAGGACCCACAACAGUGGUAGGGAUUGGUCACUCAGAUGAUAGUAAUCUUCAGUGUUCAAAGUCUCGAGUGUCUGGGUUCUUUGCAGAAAAUCCAUAUGAUGGAACAGUAACACGCCGUGUGAAAAAAGCCUAUGGAAUAGUUGAUUCUUUUAGUAUUCGACUGGGUGUAUUUCUGAGACGCUAUCCUAUGGCACGAGUUUUUAUGAUAUUUUAUAUGGUCUUGCUUCAUUUCUGGGUGAUGGUAGUUCUGUGUACUUACCAACCAGAAAUCCACAGCCCAAACUAUCAUCCAAACAACACACUAUGAUCAUCCAGGCAACCGGCAACUCUUGCAAUGUUGUGAAGCAUGUACAUAAGUUCUACUAUGGUUAUAGGAAGGAUGUUAAAAAAUUUUGUACAAGAUAAUUAUAAUUUAUCAACUGUGUGGCUACCUUGGCCUUGCCCACCAUUCACAGCCAAUGUAGGUGUAACCACAGACCUUUUACAAUAUUAGCUGUGAGACUUUCCUGUUUGUAAAGAGUAGUAAAGUUUAUUUUACUUGUAUGGCUCUUCACGAUAAAUUGAGCAUUGAGUUAGUUCUUUUCUUUAGCUCUUGGAGUGGUGAAAAGCCAGUGUACUUUUUCAUAUUGUAUAUUUUUUUCACAAGUCUAGACCUGCUUCUCUAAAUAACAUUCUUUUAUCAUUAAGUGAAGGAACAACUGUUGACAGAAGAAUAAAACCCAUUCCCAGGUUUU